UCGUUCUCCGCCACCAAUCAGGACAGCUUUGGAUGCUCGUUGUCCCCGCCUCCCGCUUUUUUGUCGCACUCUCGGGCCUCCCUAGAGAGGGCGGAAGAGUAAACGAUGUGAUGCCCAAAUUUUUCUGCUCUUGGACUCACCAGGGACUGAGAGAGAGGGAGAGACAAAUGUUAUCUCCACGGCAAAAAGCCAAUCCUUGAUGCUUUUGAAAAUAUUAUCCCUGCUCAGUUGGUCUUCAUCAGUGUACGUGUCCAGAAGCACAAUGAUGAACCCGGGCCUCAGUAUAGAAAACUUGUUGGCGUUUCAACGCCACCAGCAACGCAUGGUGGCCGCUGCUGCGGCAAUGACCCAUCAUUUUCCAACUUCAGGUCCCGGAAUGAACACAGAUACGGUUCAUCAUCCACCCCCAUUGCAAAACAUAUUUCCAUUCCACGACAAAUAUGCUAGCAAUCAUGGCCCACCCUCAGCCGCUGACGAGUCUUUGUCCCAUGAUGGUCUCAACAACAAUAAUACCAAUGGCUACAGUGUUCAUAGUGAUUCUGAGAGCGAUUUUGAAGUGAGUGGGAAAUCCCAAAUGAACGACGUCAAUGACGAUGACGGUAAGACCGAUGAGGAAAUGUUUAUUCCCGGCGAGGAAGACCCCAAGGACGAUGAGGACGCAACCAAGUCUGAUUCCAAAUCCAAAGAUGGAAAGAAGGGCAAUCUAGUCAAGCCGCCAUACUCAUACAUAGCGUUAAUCACCAUGUCCAUUCUUCAAUCACCGAGCAAAAGGCUUACUCUCAGUGGUAUUUGUGACUUCAUCCGCAGUCGAUUCCCCUAUUAUCGCGAGAAGUUUCCCGCUUGGCAAAAUUCCAUUCGUCACAAUCUAUCCUUGAAUGAUUGCUUCGUCAAGAUUCCUAGGGAACCCGGAAAUCCGGGGAAAGGAAACUAUUGGACUCUAGAUCCCUUGGCAGAAGAUAUGUUUGAUAAUGGUAGCUUUCUGCGCCGACGGAAACGCUACAAGAGACCGUCAUUACCUGGCCAUCAUUGGUCAACAAUGCUUGACCCAUACACUAGAAAGCUACUCUCCCAAUACACAUUCCAACAGAGUAUGCAAUUCGGUGGAAACCACAACGGGCCUUCACCAUCGGGUGUCAUACAUCAUGGUCUUAUGAAUGGGCCUUCGCAUUUGAAUCAUAUGGCACCACAUCAUCCCUCGCCGCAUUCUGGAGAUGUACCCUACCCCAAUAUGCCUCCCUCACAUCCUCCCACAUCAAUCUUGCCAUCACCUCCCCCGAGGCCACCAUUUCCAUUUAUGUUAUCGCAAGCAAAAAUCUCGCCGUCGAACUCUGUGAAAGGUCUGCCAUCGCCUCCAAACCCUUUACCAGUAUCCAAUCCUGGGCGAAUGCCGAUGCUGGGAACCACACAUACUAUCAUGCGAGGUUCUGGAUUCUCAAUUGAAGAUAUCAUUGGCGGUUCGCAAUCAAGUCAUCUCGACCCACCUCUAGGCGAAGGCACGCCUCCUUUGAACAAAGAGAACCGGCGGAACAAUGAGAAAUCGUCUUUGAGCCCACCCCACUCGCCUCAAGUCACGGAUGUGAAAGUCAAGCGGGAACACGUGGAUGAACGUGAAAUUGACGAAGAUGAGAGGCAACAUUGCCGAAAACCACCGCCAGAAGACCGUCGUCAAUACUUGCAUCCUGAUCUGAUACCGGAGGAAUCCUAUUUGCGCCACUCAUUUUCUCUUCCGCAAUCAAUUAUGGCUAAGACCUCUCCCCCGCUAUCGCCAUUGCUGGAAAAGAGACCUCCGAUAAUGACACCAAUGCUUGGGUCUCUCAAGUGGAAGCCCUCAUCAUCGUCAUCGACCUAAAACAAGAUCCGUUUGUGCAUGCUCGAGAAGUGACGCUACUUCUGAUUGGACUUCAGUACGAUUUGCUUUCAAUAGUUGUCAUGGCAAACAUGGCAGCAGUAUUACAUGUGAUAUAGAUUCUAAUCUUAGUACAAUUAUCUUUAUAUAUGACCUAUGUUCUCUGUAUUGUAAAAUGAAUGGAACUUGCGUAGAGACCUUGGGAGUUACAUGUACUGCAAACUCCUUAUCCGGAUUCGAAGCAAUCAAUGCAAGUUUUAUAUCCAUACUUGCAAUUUGUAGAUUAGCCACCAAUUCGCGAUAGGUCAUUUUCCUUUAUGUCAGAAAAUGAAAAUAAAUGUUCAAUGGAAGAUUUCUUAAACAAAAUUGGUUUCUGAUUUUACAUCAAGUAUGGUUCA